AUGUCCGCUCAACAACAAGUCCUGGGUACAUCGGCGGCCCCCGGGGUCACAAAGAUCGAGAAGAAGCCGGUCAAGUUCAGCAAUCUGCUGCUCGGCGCGGGACUGAACUUGUUCGAAGUGACCACCUUGGGACAACCGUUGGAAGUCAUCAAGACCACCAUGGCUGCCAACCGUAAGGACAGCUUCGCCGGUGCCAUGUCAAGAAUAUGGGGACGAGGUGGUAUUCUUGGAUACUAUCAAGGUCUCAUCCCCUGGGCCUGGAUCGAAGCCUCGACAAAGGGUGCCGUCCUUCUCUUCGUCGCCUCCGAGGCAGAGUACUACGCGAAGACGUUUGGAGCCAACAACUUUGUCUCCGGCAUCACCGGUGGCAUGGUUGGCGGUGUGGCCCAAGCAUACGCAACGAUGGGUUUCUGCACGUGCAUGAAGACGGUGGAAAUUACCCAACACAAGCUGGCUGCGCAGGGCGUCAAACCCCCGUCCACCUUCAAGACGUUUGCGGACAUCUACCGAAAAGAAGGUAUCCGGGGUAUCAACAAGGGUGUCAAUGCAGUCGCGAUCCGCCAAACCACCAACUGGGGAUCGCGAUUCGGUCUGUCUCGAUUGGCGGAGUCGGCCAUCCGAAAAGUGACCAACAAGGAACACGGAGAGAAGCUCAGUGGGUUUGAAAAGAUCAUUGCCAGCUCGCUCGGUGGUGGGCUGUCGGCAUGGAACCAGCCCAUUGAAGUCAUCCGAGUGGAGAUGCAGAGCAAGACCAAUGAUCCCAACCGACCCAAGAACCUGACUGUCGGAAAGACAUUCAAGUACAUCUACGAAUCCAACGGUAUCAAAGGACUGUACCGUGGCGUUACUCCUCGCAUUGGACUUGGCGUUUGGCAAACUGUUUGCAUGGUUGCUUUGGGUGACAUGGCCAAGGAGGCUGUUGAAAAGUUGACCGGUGACAAAGUCACUGCGAAGCACUAA